UGCAGCACAUUCGAAAAAUGACGUACUGCCACCAAUUUCUGAGCAAUCUCUCCUCGUUGACCCGAUUUCGUCUUCACACCGGCAACGUUAAUGGAUACACACAAUUGAAGGUUCGUCGAUUUGAAACUUCUGCGGAGGAACUGGCGGCUUGUCUCGAUCUUCAAUUGAGCUCCAAUCCUAUCGCUGACGACUUCAAGGAAAACAGCUGCUUGUUGCUCUGUGAUAAUGACCAUAUCGACAAUUACGAGAGAGAUGAGAUCAAAAUCACCAUGAAGGUUUUCCUGUCGGCUUGGGAUGUUCAGCAAAUUGAUCAAGCCGUGACAAGUCUGAAAGAGCAGCUGAAAACGAAGGAUAUUGAGGUUCUCAUUUUGUCAUUCCCUGAACUUGACCUCAUCGACGGCGAAUCCGAAGAGGACGAGAACAAUCGAUGGUUUGAGAAGGUGAAGCCUUUGUACACCUACAUGGAGAAGCUCGUCGAGACAUCCGAGAUCGCGUCAAUUGGAGUUUCCGAUUUCUCUGCUCGUCAACUUAAAACAAUUAUCGACCAUUUCGACGUGAAGCCGAGUAUCAACCACGUUAGAUUGGAUGGAUGCUGUCAAGUUCCUCCAGAGCUGCAAGCACUGGCGAAUGAUAAUGAUGUGCAGCUUCUAGUUCACAACGAUCCAACUCCAUUCCCAACAAAUAAUAUUUUCAAGACUUUCUGUGAGAUCGACAGUGGAUCCCAGAAAGCCGUUUGCAGCCCGCUCUUCGAAACGACAUGGCUCUCCCGAUACUCAGUUUGGGUGCGAAAGCGUUCGAUUAUGACUUCGAAAGGAUAUAUUGUACAAUUCUUCAGAAAACAUGACUAAUUCAUUGAGAUCUUUGUUUAAUCUAUUUAUUCAUUCAUUGUGAUAUUUUUAAGUGAACCGUUGCCAUAAUAUCUAGUAUAAAUUCAAAGAAACAUUG